UUCAUCUCACAACUACUAAAGAAGUGUAUACAAUUCCACUAAACAUAUUAGCUAGCCAGUUUGUUUCUUAGCAUUUAACUAAAAGAGUAAGAUUAACUACCAAUCAAAUUAAGAAUUGAUCAAGAUGACCGGGAACAUGAACAUGGCUCACCUCACUCUUGCAUUUGGUCUUCUUGGAAAUGUUGUCUCAUUUAUGGUAUUUCUUGCACCAAUACCAACAUUCUACAAAGUGUAUAAGAAGAAAUCGACAGAAGGGUUUCAGUCGGCACCAUACGUGGUGGGCUUAUUCAGUGCCAUGCUUUGGAUAUAUUACGCAUUGCUCAAGACUAAUGUCGUGCUUCUAAUCACUAUAAACUCGGUCGGUAUCUUCAUUGAGACCGUGUACAUUGGUUUGUUUCUCUUCUACGCCCCAAACAAGGCCAGGAUGGAGAGCUUGAAGCUAAUCGUAUCGCUCAUAGUUGUUGGGUUUGGAUUGAUUGUUGUCCUCACUCAGUUUCUUGCAAGUGGAGUUACACGUGGUGUGAUAGUCGGAUGGAUUUGUCUCAUAUUUUCGCUAUGUGUUUUUGUUGCACCUUUGGGCGUUGUGAGACAAGUGAUUAAAACAAAAAGUGUGGAGUACAUGCCGAUUCUACUAUCGGUUGCACUCACCCUGAGUGCCGUUAUGUGGUUUUUUUACGGUCUACUCCUUGGUGACUUCAACAUAGCGAUUCCAAACGUUCUUGGGUUUACCUUCGGUAUUAUCCAGAUGAUAUUAUACUUUGUGUACAAGAACAAGAAGCCACUAAUUAUGGAUGAAAAGACAUCUAGCAGUACUUUCGACGCUAAAAUCACUGAAAUGGAGGAGCAAAAGAUUCAGCAAUUUAAAGACGACCAGAAGAAGAUUAUCGAUGUUGUCAAGUUGGAAACCAUUCUUCAUCCGGUGGUACAUAAAAGUAGUGGAUAUGAUGCAGCGGCAGCUGGUCAUGGACCUACUGAACAACCUCCUCAAUUUCCAUCAAUUGUGCCAAAUCGUGCCAUUGAAGUCUAUGCAUGAUGAGAUUAUUAAUCUAUAUAUACGUAUAGCUUUUCUCAUUAAAAAAAAAAAAAAAAAAUGCUUUGGGAAGAAAAGUGAUUCUAUCUUCCAGGUUGUUUAGGCGUAUCUGUUUUUCAAAAUUUGUAGUUGUUCCAAAUAUAGUUCUAAAAGUUCUCCUA